AAGAAAAUUAUAUGAAAAGUUACAACAAAUCAUUUUGCGUAGAUAGUGUUGUGUUUCAAAAAUCAGUGUAUAUAAGUUUACAAAAAUUGCUGCAAAACUUCCUGUUGUUUCCAUACACAGCAUUUUCCAAUGUAUCGUAUGAAGGUGGAUCCGCACUGCAUUAAUGUGUUAGUUUGUGCAGCUAAAGUUUACUCUCCCAGGGUGUUCUCUCACUUCCCACUGAUUAUCAGGCGGAGUUGCAUCGAGUAUUAUUUGUUGCACAAAAGUACAUAAAGAGAGGGAUGAAAAACCACGUGCUAAGGAUUCCAGUGCGCAUUCGCAACCGAACGAAGGCACUUCUGGAGGAGAAAUGAGUUUCCGAGCGAGAUUCGUGCAAAUCGAGAUGUGUGCUGUCAGUUGCCAGCUUGCCAGCAAUACGGUAGGACCUGUUUGGAUUUUUCAACGGAGCAGACGAAACUAUAACUCAUCCGUGGGAUUAGCGUCAAGCCUUUGUUUGUUUAUAUCUCAGACCCUGUUGGAGGUUUCUUUCGCCAAAAAUUGUCCGGACGAAAAUGACAUUGAUCUGUCGGAUAUUCACGCGCCACGUGGAGAAAGUGACGAACCGGAAACUUUGGAUCUACGACAACAGUCAUCGACCAGCAUGAACAAUCAACCCUUCGAGUUUAAAGUGGAGCAACCCUGCCGGAAGCGGUCUCGUGUAAAUCCAGUGGACAACAAUCCGUACUAUCACCAGGAUGACUUGGACAACUACCGCAAACGCCAGAAGCUUACGAUGCAGCACUAUUACGAUGAGGCUUUUUCCGCUGUGGAGAAGAAGAUGCGAAAUCCGUUCCUGGACGAAUCGAUGAUGAAGCCGAUGGAUUCGUUCGAAAAUUACGGCCGAGCAUCGCUGAACCCCAUCAAUUACACGCUGACGGCAGAGGCCAUCAAUCGGCGCAUCCGAAGCACUUUGGGCUUGGAAGAUGACCCCCAAAUGAGCUUCGAAAGACAGAGACCACCCUCUUCGAGUGACGAAUGCUGCACGGCUAAUCCGGACUGGUUGGUGCGAAGGAAUGCUUAUGGGGAAAAUCCGUUUACGAUGACCACAACUUCACCCCACGUGGACGUGAAACCGCCAUCAUUUGCCCAUGACGAUAACAAUAAUGUGGAUAAAAAACCAUUUCAGUGAGGUAUUUGAAAGAUUUGUGGUUGAAAGGAGCUAGGACAUAACAAAAUACAUUUGUGAGAGGAUAUUAAAAAUGACAUGUAAUCAAAACAAAACAUUCUGAUAUGAUAAAAAAAGCAUCUUGAUGCAUUUAUGAAUUUGAAACUCAUUCGUAGUAAUAGAAUGUAAAUCAGUGCCAACAUGCAAUGUUACAGUGUACACAUCAGUUUAUGGACAAUUCGAAUUGUGAAACUUAAAAAAGAGAUGCUGAGAAGAAGUUAAGAUAUAAAUAACUAGACUGAUUAGAUAAUCUGUACGGAUAUGAAAAUGAUUGAAAGUAGUAGUGAAUGAAAUUCUAUCCAUCGUACUAACUCUAAUGCCCUUGUACUGAAACGCGAUAGAGUAUGAUUUUUAAUAAAGGAAAUAAUAAA